GGCGGGGAGGCAGGCGGCCGAGCCACGCAGGCUUUGACGUCGCCGGGCUGCGGCUCCCCAGCCCCGGCUCCCCGCACGUAGAGCUCAACGUGACCGCCCCGCUCGCCCCGGCUGCCCCUCGCCGCUCACACACGCGCCGAGCCCGGCCGCCGCCGGACGCUGCAUCCCCGGGCAGGUGCAUCGCCCCGGGCGGCUGCCGCUGCUGCGUUCCGCCGCCCCCGCGCUCGCCUCUCGGCUCCCCGGCCGCUGCCUGGGGAGGGGCCCCGGGCUGGGGGCCGCAGGGCAGCCGUGCAUCGGCUCCCCGCGGGCUGCUGCUGCCCUCGGCCGGGGGCGGUUUUCUUGCUGCUUCUCGGGAGGCUGGUUCCGGAGAGCGCCCGGGAGCCGGACAGGACCGGCCCCGCGCACCAUGCCCCGGGAGCCGCGCUGCGAUGGCAUGUGACGGGAGCGGGGAGCCGGCUGGGGUGGCCCCGGAGGCGGCUGGCGGCUCGAUCCUGCUGCGGCGAGUGACUUGGUGAAGGCGAGAGACCCCGAGGAGGGGGGACCCCCGCGGGGCUGGAGGGCGGCGGGGGGCAGAGGAGCGGACCCCCCGGCUCGCAGCGCCUGCCCCGGUUUGCCCAGCCUCUGCCGCCAGGGAGGGCAGCUCCCCACCGGCCGCGUGUCCCGGGGCGCCCCGCUGCUUGGAGCCACCUGGGCUGGGCAUUGGCCUCCGGCAGGUCCCGCGCUUCCUUUCCGCCCGGGGCUGGAUAUGUGGAUGCUCACGCGAAGAUGGAUUUAGUCUACGGGCUGGUGUGGCUGCUGACGGUGCUGCUGGAGGGGAUCUCCGGCCAAGGGGUGUACGCCCCACCCACGGUGCGGAUCGUGCACUCAGGCCUGGCGUGUAACAUUGAGGAGGAGCGCUACUCGGAAAGGGUAUACACCAUCCGCGAGGGAGAGACUCUGGAGCUCACCUGCUUGGUGACGGGCCAUCCUCGGCCACAGAUCAGGUGGACCAAAACAGCGGGAAGUGCCUCUGACAGAUUCCAAGACUCGAGUGUCUUCAAUGAAACUCUGAGGAUUACAAAUAUCCAGCGACACCAAGGAGGCCGCUACUACUGCAAGGCGGAGAAUGGUUUGGGUUCCCCAGCUAUAAAAUCAAUCCGAGUGGAUGUGUACUAUUUAGAUGACCCGAUAGUGACAGUUCACCAGAGCAUCGGGGAAGCAAAAGAACAGUUUUACUAUGAGAGAACAGUGUUUCUCAGGUGCGUUGCUAACUCCAACCCACCUGUACGGUACAGCUGGAGACGUGGCCAAGAGGUAUUACUGCAAGGGUCGGAUAAAGGAGUUGAAAUCUACGAACCCUUCUUUACCCAGGUAGGAAUCAAGGGGGAAACAAAGAUAUUGAAACUAAAGAAUCUUCGGCCUCAGGACUAUGCUAAUUACAGCUGCAUUGCUUCCGUGAGGAGUGUGUGCAACAUCCCUGACAAGAUGGUGUCUUUCAGACUGUCCAAUAAAACAGCGUCUCCGUCAAUUAAGCUCCUGGUGGACGACCCCAUCGUGGUGAACCCCGGCGAGGCCAUCACCUUGGUCUGUGUGACGACGGGAGGCGAGCCGGCGCCCACGCUUAGCUGGGUGAGAUCCAUUGGAGCCCUGCCUGAAAAAACCGUGCUGAACGGCGGGACCUUGACGAUACCGGCCAUCACUUCGGAUGACGCCGGCACGUACAGUUGCAUCGCAAAUAAUAACGUGGGGAACCCUGCAAAAAAGUCCACCAACAUCAUUGUCAGAGCAUUAAAAAAAGGCCGGUUUUGGAUCACGCCUGACCCAUAUCACAAAGACGACAACAUCCAGAUUGGGCGCGAGGUGAAAAUCUCCUGCCAGGUGGAAGCUGUUCCUUCUGAGGAGCUCACAUUCAGUUGGUUUAAAAAUGGACGCCCGUUGCGUAGCUCAGAAAGGAUGGUCAUCACCCAGACUGACCCUGAUGUUUCCCCUGGCACCACCAACCUGGACAUCAUCGACUUGAAAUUCACUGACUUUGGAACGUACACCUGCGUGGCAUCCCUGAAAGGCGGAGGCAUAUCCGAUAUCAGCAUUGAUGUCAACAUAUCCAGCAGUACAGUUCCGCCCAAUCUGACUGUUCCACAAGAAAAAUCACCUUUAGUCACCCGGGAAGGAGACAUUAUAGAACUACAAUGCCAGGUGACCGGAAAGCCCAAACCUAUAAUUCUUUGGUCCAGAGCUGAUAAGGAGAUUGCAAUGCCGGAUGGAUCCAUGCAGAUGGAGAGCUAUGAUGGAAUACUGAGGAUAGUGAAUGUGUCUAGGGAGAUGACAGGAACGUACAGAUGUCAGACCAGUCAGUACAAUGGAUUUAAUGUGAAACCCAGAGAAGCACUGGUGCAACUCAUUGUGCAGUAUCCUCCUGCGGUGGAACCAGCAUUUCUGGAGAUUCGACAGGGCCAGGGUCGAAGCAUCACUAUGAGUUGCCGGGUGCUGAGAGCAUAUCCAACUCGGGUUCUGACGUACGAGUGGAGACUGGGCAACAAGUUGCUGCGGACUGGUCAGUUUGAUGCUCACGAUUCUACGGAGUACAUAGUGAGCAGCCUUUCCAGGGACAGUUAUGGGAUUUACAAUUGUAACAUCAUCAAUGAAGCUGGGGCAGGCCGAUGCAGCUUCCUCGUUACAGGCAAAGCCUAUGCCCCAGAGUUCUACUACGACACCUACAGUCCCCUCUGGCAGAACAGACCUCGGGUUUACUCCUACAGUCUGCAGUGGACUCAAAUGAACCCAGAUGCUGUGGACCGCAUCCUUGCAUACCGUUUAGGGAUUAGACAGGCUGGACAACAGCGUUGGUGGGAACAGGAGAUCACGGUAAACGGAAACAUUCAGAAAGGAGAGUUAAUUACAUACAACCUGACUGAGCUGAUCAAGCCAGAGGCCUAUGAAGUCCGCCUAACUCCCAUCACCAGAUUUGGGGAGGGAGAUUCAACCAUUCGUGUCAUCAAAUAUAGUGCUCCAGUCAAUCCUCACUUAAGAGAGUUUCACUGUGGAUUUGAAGAUGGCAACAUAUGUCUAUUCACUCAAGAUGAUACGGAUAAUUUUGACUGGACGAAACAAAGCACUGCCACCAGAGACACAAAAUAUACCCCAAACACUGGACCCAAUGCAGACCGAAGUGGCUCCAAAGAAGGUUUCUACAUGUACAUUGAAACGUCACGCCCGAGGCUGGAAGGAGAAAAGGCCAGGCUUCUGAGUCCUGUUUUCAGCGUAGCCCCUAAAAACCCUUAUGGAGUCACCAACACAGCAUAUUGUUUUAGUUUCUACUAUCACAUGUACGGACAGCACAUAGGAAGCUUGAAUGUUUAUCUGCGGUUAAAGGGACAGACCACAAUAGAAAAUCCAGUAUGGUCUUCAAGUGGGAAUAAGGGACAGCACUGGAACCAGGCCCGGGUUAAUAUACACCCCACCACUUCAUUUCAGCUCAUUUUUGAAGGGAUCCGAGGUCCUGGCAUUGAAGGUGAUAUUGCUAUUGAUGAUGUAUCGAUUGUGGAAGGAGAGUGUAUGAAAGCAGACCAGCCAGCCAACAAUUUACGAGCAGGUGCUGUUGGGACAUUAGCACAUAUAUGGCUUUUUCCAGUGAUCCUCCUCAUGUCUGUCUUAAGUCAUCAAAGGUGACCUUAUCCUGGCAGAGGCUAUGAAAGAUUCACCAGGCAUUGGCAUGAAGAAAGAGUCUUUGUAAAAUGGACAUUUAAAAACAAACUACCAAAGAUUCCUCCACUGACUGACUCAAAACAUUAAAAUAAAUAAAUAAAAAUUAAAAAAAAAAAAA